AUGAUGACGAGGAUGAGGGGAUCGUGUACCCCGAUGACUGUGUUACGGCUCAAGAAAGGAGUGAUUUUAGACAAGUGAUUCGUGAGUCUCGGGCUUCAGAGUGGGAGGGGGAGCAAAGAAGACGGAUUGAUGAGAGUAGGUCGUCGUUGGGACGUCCCGACAUGAGGCUGGUGGGAGCAGCAGACGAUUUGAGGGAGGCAGCAGGCAUGGCCUACAACGCACGCAAAGCGCUCGUGUCCUAGAUGCACCCAUCGCAGGCGUUAAUCAAAAAAGAUUAAAAAAUAUGUGGAGCAAGGGGCUCAGGGAGAAAGUGGGUGGCGCUAUAUCUAGGUGGUUCAUCUCGAGCCAUGUACCAGCAAAUGCAGCAGCCAGUCCUCACUUCAAAAAUAUGAUUGAGGAGGUGCAGCGUGUCGGGCCCGGCGUAAAGCCUCCCACGCCACAAGAGAUUCUUGGCGUCUACCUCGAUCGGGAGCACGAGGAGAUGCAGGCUUGGGUACGUGGACUCAAGCCGAACUAGAAGCAGUAUGGGGUAACAAUCAUGUGUGAUGGCUGCAAAAGCUCGUUUACUGCCAUUACAAUAUGAAGUUAAGAGAGAGACAGUUGCGGGUAGACCGAGACAUGGAGGAAAAUCAAGACCCGUUAGACCUAUUGUCUAUAGGUAACAUGGCACAGAUAAGUGAUGAUGAUGAGGACCCACUUUAUGAGUGGGUCAAAUCAGCUGAUUUAGAUGAUGCGGAGGGAGGCCCUGCUCCACAGGUAGCCGAGGGAGCAGCAGCUCUGGGUAUCGAUGUCGAUCAAGUAGUAGAGGAACAAAAGGCGGAUACAGACUCCUUUGAUCCUUUGGUGAGGAGUUCGGCACGUUCCAAUCAGGGUGAGGAAGCAUCUUCACGGCCUCCUCCUCAUCAUCAAGUUGUAGUGAGUGAUGAUGAUGAUGAGACUCAACCCCCACUUGACACUGGUCCUGGGGACGACGACGACGAUGAUGAUGGUGAUGAAGGAGGGGACAGAGGCACCGACACUAGUAUAGGUGGUACUAGUAGGGGUGGGGGUGGCAGUGGUGGGGGGUACACGACGGCUCAGAGCCAACGAUCCGUUGGCCAGUUCACUGAGGAGCAGAGCUUUGACCAUGCCACUCAGGACGGGGAUCAUGGAUCUCGUCCACCAUCCAGGGCGAGAGCAUCAGAGCCCAGAUAUAUGUUCGAACGUCGUUCGAAGAAGAAAGCCGGACGCGCCGCGGCUGAUGCUCUCACACGCAGCUUGUCAUCUAUGGACAUAAGUUCAGAUCAGGGGAGCUCCACCUCUGUCCCACCUUAUGCUUAUGGGGGAUAUCACGGGUAUGACCAUGACAGCUGUGACAUUCAGUCAUGCUCAUCUACCCAUGGGUACAGGCAGCCGGAAGAUAGUUCUUCGAGUCAUGACCCUUUGACAGGAGGAUAUUCGGGGAACCCAUAUGACUGACAGCAAUAC